AUGGAGCAACGCAGCGACCAAAAGGUUCAGUCGCCUACAGCCCAUCGUGAGAGACACUUGUGCCACUGGAGCCGGGAAAGCAUUCCGAGCAUAAUCAUCAUCAUGCAGCUACGCUCCAGUCUGACAUUGCGCAGCACUUUUCUGCUGCUGGCCCUGCAACUCCUGCACACGCCGCAUGCCAUCCAGCAGCAGCACACCGAGGAGGGACUCGAGCUGCUCUUUCGCGAACGCUCACAAUCCGACUGGGAGAACGUCUGGCAUCGGGAGACGCACUCGCGUUGUCGGGACAAGCUGGUCCGCCAACUCUAUUGGGCCUGCGAGAAGGACAUCUAUCGCCUUACGCGACGCAAUCGCAAGCGCACCGGUGAGACGGUCAGCAAGCGCACCGCACAGCCAAGCACUCAACUAGCUAGCACCGCUGCCGCCUCCACUUGGCUGCACGUGAACUACGCCAACAUGUUGCUGCGCACCCGACGCGCCGAUGCCCCCUCCAUCACCAACGAGUGCUGCACCAAAGCGGGCUGUACCUGGGAGGAGUACGCCGAGUACUGUCCGUCGAACAAGCGCCGCAACCACUACUAA